UUCAAUCACGCCCCUUCUCUUUCUCUUCUCCCCUGUAUCUUCGCCUCCAUGGAAUCAGCCGAAGAAGAUGAAGCUUUUAUACCCGGCUCAGCCUUUUUCACUCAGCCGCCACCGAAUUUAGUGUCAUUAUCACCUUUCACUUCAUCAGUUUCGCCUUCUCCUCGGCGGCUUUCCAGCUGCUAUUCUCAGCCGAGCCAACCUAUAAAAGCUAAAAGACAACUUGCAUGGGUGUCUCUUCAAGGAAGGCUUAUCGGUGCAGAGGAAGCAAGUUCUGCUAGGAAGAUUGGUGGUGGUUUAAACCCUAAAGAAGCUGUGGCUUGGGAACUCUUUAGCCCCAUUCAUCGGAUUCUUAUAGUUGCUGUUGUUGCCGUUGCUGCUGCGAAUUCAAAGAAGAAUAAGCAGAUUUGUCGGCUGAAGAAAUCUGUUGAACUUAGGGAUCAAGUGCUCUUAGGCAUGCAACAGAAGCUGGACACAUUAUGUGAACAGGUUAACUAUUUCAAGGAUCAGCCAGAAACUGCAGCAGAUACAUAUGACUAUUUUCUUUGUGAGCAACACUUGAAUCAGUCCAACAACUUUUACGAGAGGAAUAUGAUCAAGGGAGAAGAGAUGCUUAAAUUUGAAAUGCCUCCGGCAGCAAAUCAGGCUGAACCAGAGGAACGGCGUAUGUCUGAUUUGUCGGAUUGGGCUGCUAGUGUGACUUCCUCUGUAGAUAUUCAGCUGAACACUUCAGCAAUUGAACAAGAUUUUUAUAAUCUCCAGAGGGAAUGUGAAGAAAAAGAUGUCACCAUCAGGGAGUUAUCCACUUUUCUUCAAUCAUCAGAAGCUUUUGGUGCAAAGAGGACUGGGGAGCUCGAAGAUAUCAUCCGCAGAAAGAAUAUGAUUAUUACAAAACUCAAGAAAGAUGUUUUAAUUUUAGAGCAGAAGGUUAUGAAUCUAACAAGACUUAGACGACCAUCAUUCUCUUCAAAAAGCUCAAAGGGGGUGAAGCAUCCUCCAUUGACAGACAACAUCCUUUAUGAUAUGGACAGUACUACUAGCCCUUCGUCUUCAGAUUCAGAUAGUUCCCCUGGGAAAAUAGCUCAACCUCUUUUUGCUAGUGAAGACAUCAGCAUUUAUCAUGGUGAGAAUACUUUAUGGGAAAACCAGAAACAGGAGCAGGUCGAAAACUUACCUUUAUUAGUGAAACCAACAGAUAGACAUCCAAAGUCACGACCAGUAAGCCCCUUGAAGGAGAAAUCAUUGAAUCACACACAGGAUUCAGUCUCCAGAUUGAAACCAAAGCAGGCAUCAUCUAUUGGUGCAGAAUCUCGGAGGAGACGACCUCCUAUUGCUAAGUCGAAGGAUGUGGUUGCACAAAAACGAUGGCUUUAGCUAUCAGACGUAAAUGUCACAAGUAAAAUAGGCCAUGUAAGUUGCUGGCCUGAUAGCUGGACCUGAAAGAGCUUCAGUGUAGCUUCAUCAACUUCUACGGCUGCUUUGCAUUUCCAUCAUUUCCUAUGACGAACAUGCCAAAUAGACAGCAUUAUAUAUUUAGGUAGUAAAACAGUAGAGUACAUAAAAGUUAUCAAACCAGUCUUAUAUUUAGUUAGACUUCUUGUUAUAUUGUAGCAAAGAUGAAAUGUGUCAAUUAUACAAUUUUGGGAUGUCGCCUGAACUAGCAAUUAUACUUCCUAUGUAUAUUGCUAUGAUAUGACACAUUUUGCUUCUUCUGAAGUCUAUGUAUGUAUAAUUUUCAUUUGGCUUAAAACGCCGACAACCCCUUAAAUUUAUC